GCACCGGGCGGGCACCGGCACCCAGCGCCCCGCCGAUGCGCCGGGCCCCCGCCGAGCCCUGCGCGCCCGCUGGCUGAGGAGCGAGGCGACACCUGCGUCAGACCGCCGGCGCUGACGUCACGGGGUGCGCGCGUGACGUCACCGCGGGCCUGAGAGGGUGCAAAGGCUGUGAUGAAGAACCAGGGAGUGGAGACCAAAGCAGCUCCACGUCCUUCCAGAACGAGCAGCGGGAUGGGGCUGGAAGAGGGAGACUCACCAGAGGCUGCAGCUCCCCCAGAAGCUCCCCUGACUCAGGAGGAUCCCAAAUCCUCCCGCGACGUCUCCGAGGAGCUGAGCCGGCAGCUGGAGGAUAUCCUGAACACCUACUGUGUGGAUGCCAGCCAGGAGAACCCGGGCGAGGACGGGGGGCAGGGGGAUGCCCCCGAGCCCGAGGAGCCCGAGAAGGGCCGCAGUGAAUCCCCCAGGAACGGGGAGCAGGAGCCAGGCGGCCCCGAGCUGAACGGGGAGAAGGAGAACUCCAAGGGAAGCGAGGAAUUCCGGCCCGGAGAGGAGGCUGGAGACAGGGAUCAGAAGAAAGCUCAGGAGAAGAAGAAAGCCAAGGGCUUAGGCAAGGAAAUCACUUUGCUGAUGCAGACCCUGAACACCCUGAGCACAUCAGAGGAGAAGCUGGCAGCUCUCUGCAAGAAAUACGCUGAGCUGCUGGAGGAGCACCGCAACUCGCAGAAGCAGAUGAAGAUCCUGCAGAAGAAGCAGAGCCAGCUGGUGCAGGAGAAGGAUCACCUGCAGAGCGAGCACAGCAAGGCCAUCCUGGCCCGCAGCAAGCUGGAGAGCCUGUGCCGGGAGCUGCAGAGGCACAACCGCACCCUCAAGGAGGAGGGCGUGCAGCGUGCCAGGGAGGAGGAGGAGAAGAGGAAGGAGGUGACCUCGCACUUCCAGGUGACGCUGAACGACAUCCAGCUGCAGAUGGAGCAGCACAACGAGCGCAAUUCCAAGCUGCGCCAGGAGAACAUGGAGCUGGCAGAGAGGCUCAAGAAGCUCAUCGAGCAGUACGAGCUGCGGGAGGAGCACAUUGACAAGGUGUUCAAGCACAAGGAGCUGCAGCAGCAGCUGGUGGAUGCCAAACUGCAGCAGGCCCAGGAGAUGCUGAAGGAGGCAGAGGAGAGGCACCAGCGGGAGAAGGAUUUUCUGCUGAAGGAAGCUGUGGAAUCACAGAGGAUGUGUGAGCUGAUGAAGCAGCAGGAGACCCACCUCAAGCAGCAGCUGGCUCUGUACACAGAGAAGUUUGAGGAGUUCCAGAACACCCUUUCCAAAAGCAGUGAAGUGUUCACAACGUUCAAACAGGAGAUGGAGAAGAUGACCAAGAAGAUCAAGAAGCUGGAGAAGGAGACCACCAUGUACCGCUCCCGCUGGGAGAGCAGCAACAAAGCCCUCCUGGAGAUGGCAGAAGAGAAAACGCUGCGGGACAAGGAGCUGGAGGGGCUGCAGGUGAAGAUCCAGCGCCUGGAGAAGCUGUGCCGGGCGCUGCAGACGGAGCGCAACGACCUCAACAAGAAGGUGCAGGACCUGUGUGCCCACACGGACCUGCUGGAGCCUCUGAAGGAGCCACCCCGGGACAGCUCCGAGGCAGCUCCGGAUUCCCUGAGCUCGGGGAAGGCCACGCCCAGCCCGGAUCCCGCGGCAAUCCCGGCAAUCCCGGCAGAACUGAGCGCGGGGCAGAGCGGGACCGAGGAGGGCACUCGGGGCACUGACUGAGCCCCGGGCAGCACACACAGGUGGGGUGAGGGAGGGUGACCUGGGAGCUGCUUUAGAUUCCAUUCUCCUUGUCCUGGUGGGAAAGGACAGGGCACGGCCCUCCUGGGGAUGUGAGAUUUCCUAGUGUAGGUUUUUUUAAGAUUUUAUACAUAUAUAUAUAUAUAUACAUAUAUACAUAUACAUAUAUAUAUAUAUAUAUAUAUAUCUAUAUAUAAGAUAUAAAAAAAUGUGCAGGGCAACACUUUAUGGAUAUCCAUAAGAAGCAGAAGGGCCCAGCUCCCUGCCUGUGUGAAUAUUGAAAAUAUGGAGCCUCCACUGAUCGUCCCUCUCGCUGAAGGACCCUGUCGCUGGCAGGCUCGGGAGAGCAGAGCCAGGGAUCUGUGCCCCUGCACAGCUACAAGGGACACCUCCAUCAUCACAAGGACUCCACCCUGGAGUGACAGCAGAGCUGGGAGAAUUCCAGAGCAUUCCCAGUGCUGGAUUCUCCCUCUUCCCUCUGCCAGGCAGGAGGGAGCUCCCAGACUGGCUCUUGCUGGCAGCUCGUGUGCGAGCUGAGGGCGCAAGAGGCCGUUCCCCCGCUCUCUGUGGGUUCUGUGUCUGCAACGGGGACGAGGAGAAGCAGGAAAGGGGGUGCCUGGUCCCACCCUCGGGAAUUUUUGCUCUUCCCAGGCCCUGCCAAUCUCAAAACCGCCUUACAAUUCACAGUUGCCUCUUUGCUGAACGCACACGUGCACAAAGUGUAUUAAACAGUUAACCCAAAGGUCUAAUUCCCAAGUGUUUUGCAUCGUUGUGCACAGGGACUGGGGAGGUGCCCCCGAGCCCCUCUGCCCCAGCCCUGGAGGCAUCCACGGAGCUGGGACUCCAGGAGGAUCAAAGCUCAGAGCUGUGUGUGCUCCUCGAGCUGCUGCUCCAGGCAGGAUCAGCUCCUGGGGCUGCUCCUUCCACCCCCCCGGCCUGGGGGUGCCUGUGCUGUCCCAGCCCCACUUUUCCUUUCCCUCUCUGCUUGGAAGAGCAUCUCCCCAGUGCUGCCUCACCCCGCGGGGCCUGGAUGUGCUGGGAGGGAGUUUAGGGACAGACGUGGGACCUGCUGGCACCAGGUUUUGGAAUUUUCCUUGGUUUGUCAAGACUUUGUCUUUUUGCUGUUCUUUUGGAAGACUCGACUCGCUUCAAAGCUCGCCGCAGCUUCUCUUUGUGACAGACUUGAUUCCCAGCAUUGCCUUCCUUGUGCUGGAAGCUGAUCCCCACCGUGGACGUACCCAGUGGAUCCCUUUGGGAUUCUCUUCUGGCACCACAGCUGCUCUCACAUCUUCCCUCCACGAAGGACCUGCCUCCGUGUCCCCUUCUCCUGCAGGGGAUUCCAGGGAAUACUGAGGAGGGCAGCAUGGACAGGCUCUGAGGCUCCACAGAGCCGUGGCUGGACACCCACUGGGACAGUCCCUGGAGCUGUGGUGGCUUUGUCCCCCAGCCCCAGCAUGGUUCCUCUGGGGUGAUCCAUGAAUGUAACCCGGCCGGGCUGAGCGAGGGCUGCUGCCGAGAUCUGGACUUCAGUAAAAGCAAAACCCCUUAGAAAUUGACCAAACCCCGUUUUUUUCUGUCUUUUCCCUGUUAAGGUACAGAAACCUCCUCGUGUGUAUCCUGUAUCCAAUAGAAACACUCCCAACCCC